AUGUCCGAUUUGUCUGGCAAGCCCAAUACUCCCACGCACCUUCCAAAAUGUACCAUUUUGAGUGGAGAUGUUGAUCACUUUGCACUUCACGAGGGAGUUUACUACAUUGUGACUGUGGGCACUGAAGGAUGGAAAAGGGUCGAAGAGAUGAUCAAGAAAGAUAUCAAAGAUCCAAAUAUCAAGAUGGCUAUCGUUGCCAAUUCCGAUGAUUCUUAUUCACGAGAGUCUACCGCUGUCGACUACAUUGAACCCGAAGCGGAAUCUGGGGCACAAAUCCAAGAUCGACCUCAACCAAAAGGGGUAUGA